UCCACACACCAGCAGCAUCUCUCCUCUGUUCGUGUAGGCAGGGUGCAGCAGCCGCCCCGCUCAGACCUGAUGUCUCGGCUGUAAAGCAAAUUAUACAAACAAAGAGACUUUUUUAAUUUGGGAGUCAAUGUGACCACUUCCCCAUUUCCCGACAGUUCCCCUUCCUGCAGGGUUUCAACACUGACAUCUUUUCUUGUGGGCUCUCCAAAAGCAGAAGACCACCGACCACCCCCUCCCCUUUUAUGUGGCCAUCUCACCACCAACAACACUCAAUCACGGAUCCGCAGACGCAGUGCUCCAUCUGACCGGGGCUGAAGUAACAGGCUGCUGCUUUGGACAAACCAGGAGAAACUUUGUUCCCUGGCUUGUGCGCGGUGAACUGUGACCGCAGUGCUGCUGUGUGAGGUGGUUUUUUUUUUUUUUUUUGGUGUGCGCCGCCUCUCACUUUAUUUUUCUACGUGGGUGAGCAGUGUGUGCUUGUGUUUGUGGCACCUCCCCGCUCCUCCAUAGAUCUGGUUGCCCCCUUGUACCUUUCAGGCUGCACCAUGCAUUUCUCCUGCACCUCCUGGCUGCUAUAGUUAGAGCAGGAUCCCGAGGUUUCCCCCCUCCUUCCACCCACCUCCCCCAAAGCCGACUCUCCCUCUUGCCUUGGUUUGGACUCCGGACCGCGCGUCAUGCCACGACACCUGAAGCGCACCCCGGUCCCGUUGCAGGACCUCAUGGUUCCUUUGUAACUGGAUCUACUUUUUUUUUUUUUUGGAGGGAGAGGAGGGCAUGCUCUCCUCGUCUCUGGAGAACACUUGCAAAGAGGAGAAGAAAGUAGGAAGACGAGGGUGAGCAGCAGCGACAGACGGAGGGAGAGAUUAUUUUAGAGAGUGUAACUGACUUGUAGAUGUUUGAUCAGGCCACGACUAUGGGCGAUGGGAACCACCGCUGUGGACCCAACCCGCUGUGUCCGGACCGGAUGGAGACAAAGUGCCGCUCCGAGAUAGGGAGCCGGUCCCCGGUUCAGAGCUCCACCGACACUCCGGGGACAUCAGCCUCUACCCCGACGUCCUCCAGCGAAGACGGACACGACAAACUUUUGGGAGUGGACCCUGACUACUGCCGGAGGAUAUUAGUAAGGGACGCCAAAGGCACCAUCCGGGAGAUCGUCCUGCCGAAGGGCCUCGACCUGGACCGGCCCAAACGCACGCGGACCUCCUUCACGGCCGAACAGCUGUAUCGGCUCGAGCUCGAGUUCCAGCGGUGCCAGUACGUGGUGGGCCGCGAGCGCACUGAGCUCGCGAGGCAGCUGAAUCUCUCCGAGACUCAGGUCAAAGUUUGGUUCCAAAACCGCCGCACCAAACAGAAGAAGGACACCACCAAGGAUUCAGACAAACGCUCCUCCUCCACGAACGAGUCAUUGGCCACCUGCAACAUCCUGCGCCUCCUGGAGCAGGGCCGCCUCCUAUCGGGCCCCGCCCCACCACCUAACUCCCUCCUGGGGCCUCCGCAUCCGGGACACAACGGCUCCCUGCUGAGCAGUCCUGGCGGAGGCUCCUCCACUUCUCCGAGCAUCAGCAGCAGCACCCCUCCCAGCUCCCUACCAGGGGGGACUUUUGGGCUGUCGCUGCCCUCGCUGGGCGGCACCCCGCCCUCACCGCGGUUGGGCGUCCCACCGCCGCACUCCCUCUGCUUCUCCAUGCCGCUGCUGGGGGGCGCUCAUCACGAACUCACAUCCACCUACGGCUGCGGGUCUUCAGCUUUUGAGCCGUACAUGCGGCUGGACAGGAAGGAGGCAGAUCUGGGAGGGAAGAAGACAGUUUCUUAAGUAAUGUGUCCCACUUUCAGGACACCAGGGGGACAAGGACUUUUCUCCCCAGUUGUUCAAACUGCCGCCUGUUUGACACUUGAGCGUACAGGGCAAAGAAAGCACCCUGGAUAAUAAGAAAUGUGAAGAAAAGACAAGGUUGCUUUCCUUGCGACGCCAUUUUGUGCCACAGCACUGUUGGGCACCCUGACACAAAAUGGUGAAAAGGACGUGAUGUGAAGGAGACUCUCCCACAUAAAAAAAGAAAAAAAAAAAACUUGUGAAUUUUUGCGAAAAUGCCGUGUGUGUAUGUUGUGUGAACCCUGACAGACAGAUGUUUUUAUCACCACUCUCUUCGCAGUGGUUUCAAGUGACUCUUCACUUUUUUGUCCAGUGAGUUUGUGUGUGUGUGGUUUUCUCUUUAGACAGGCCUUCAUUUACUGUUCAGGAAAAAAACAACAACAAAAAAAAACUAAAAACGUGACAUGGAUAGUUCAGACUGAAUCAGCGUCUGAAGGGAGAAAGAGUGGUAUUUCAAAGAGAGCAGUUUGUACACAUUUCGGUACAUAUUCCCGUACAAGUGGCCAUGUUUGAUUUUAGUUAAUGUGCUAUCACAAUAUGGAAGAAACACAGAGAAAAAAAAAAAAAAGAAUUGUAGCAUUUUAAUAUCAGUCUGUUUGGUGUCCAGCAGUAGUUUUUGUAAAUUCUUUAUUUGGUUGUGUUUGUGUAUGAAAUAAUAUGUGGUAGGAUCUGGACAAAUGGUGCAAAAAUCACAUAUCUAGAUCCGAUAGUUUAAUAUAAAAGAACACGAGAAGAGAGGAGAACAGAUGUGUGAGAGAGCUGGUUUAGACUCUGCCAAAGCAUUUAUGGAUUAAGCUUUGGACGUGCCACACUUGUGCCCUCCAAUCACUGAAGCAAGUCAAGGUCAAGCAGAGAAAAUAACCUUUGAACCCAGAUUAACUUUUCAGUCUUUACUUCACAGAUGUCACACUUUCCCUUUUGAGUAAACGUCUAGGAGACAGUUGAAGAAGAGUUAAACAUCUGGCUGAGUUUUUGGAAUUCUUCUAAUUUAGGGAAUCAGAUUUGGGGCUAGACCUGCAACGGUUAAACUCCCAAACAUUGCCCUGUUCCAGCUUCUAAAACGUGACGAUUUACUGUAUUUCUUUGUCAUAUAUUACAGUAAAUUGAAUAGACGUCACUAUGGCCUCAAAAUUGUGAUGAAUCCAGAAAAUAAUUGGCAGUUUAAUCAGUUAGUUGCAGCCCUAGUUGGGACGAAUAUGUAAUGUCACAAUGAGCCACGACACCUGUAGAAUCUGCUGCUGUUUUACACCAAUGCUUUUAUUUUUUCGUCUUAUUUUUAGUUGGCCAUUUUCAUGGUUUGCAUCAUAAGCAUCAGAGGUACUGUGUCAUCAGGCCAUAUCCAUAACCACAAGAAAUCUCAAUGUACUUUUACACAGAAAAUAUUUACUGUGUGCACACGCUUAGUAUGCAAUAAGCUGCAGAAUCACCUGAAAAUUAGGUUUUUUUAAUGAUAUUUUUCUUUGGUAUCUGUGUUUGCUCCAUGUUUCCCCUUUGAAUUAACUUUUGGCUCGCCCUCCUGUUAGACUUUACCUCGCUCCAUCUUUAAUGAAAAGAUUUCCUCUGCUUGCCCCUCAUUUAAAAGCACUUUAUGUUUGUAGGUUUUUACACUUCCCUCUGUAUCCCCCCCCCCCUUUUUUUUUUUUUGCUCUCAAACAGGCCAAAACCUUCCCAGCUUUAGUUAGAGUUGAUUUAUUCUUAGAAAGGGUAUUUUUUAGAGUCAAAGCCAGAAAACCCCUCAGUUAUUUCUUUUCAGCUACAUUUUUAAUUGAUUGAUCUGAACCUAAAUGGACAUUGAGAUCUGAAAAUAUUCCACUUUGAGACACACAUUUCUCUGCAGCUCUGGAUAGAGAAAACAUAUGUGAAAUUCAUGCAGGAAAGGGCUGAAGGAGGGAAGAAGAAGGAUCAGCUGUAGUAUUUUUCUCUGCCCCCAUAUGAUGCCAUUUGUCCAGGUGUCGUUGUUGUCCAAAGAAAAUCAAAAUUCACCUGCAAGAACCUGCAAUCCGAACAGAUUGCCCUCAAUUUGUACGUGUCAGAUGAGAUAUCGCCCCCUUUCAUAACUUCUGUCUUUCGUCUGUGUGCUGCCUCUCAUUUUCCAUCUCUUAUUUCCCCAUGUAUCUAUUCAUUUCUAGGUUUUCGUCUCAUUGUGGAGGUUUAAUAUGUUUUCCCGGUCCCUUUCUCUCAUGCCCGCUGAAGGUGACUCGACAUCUAUUAAGAAAAAUCCCAUGACAUCAAUUUAAAAAGCUACUCACAAGUAAAGGGCAGGCUACGUCUGAAACAGCCAGGCAUGUUUCCAGCUGUAGAUAUAUUUCUCGUGGAGAGCACGGAGAGGUUCUGACCUCAGCCUAUGAAAACUUCCCCGUCUGUCGGCUCACCAGGCCUUUUUGCACCCGUGUAGUGCCGGCUGGUAGCAGGUGAUUUGUUGUUGUUGUGUUUAGACCCCAGCAGCGCUGCAAAAACCCCUGUUAGCCACUCACGGCUCUUUGCAGCAGUGCACCUGUGCUGUUGUUGGAACACUGUAUUAUUUUCUAUAAGCACCAUCCAUAAUUCACACGCUGGGGCAUCAAAUAUUGAGCAGAGAGAUGGAGCUGAGAGGUCAGGAGGCUUGAUUCUUGUGUAAGGCCGUGUACCCUUUUCACAAACCCACUUUUUUUUUUUCUUGGCUCACAACAGGGUCGUGUUGCUUGUUGCUAAGUUGCUUUCCUUCUGUGGCGUAAGCAAAACACAGUCUGUGUUCCCCUUUUUGAGCUGAAAUAAUAAACUUGUCUGUCAAUGUGACUGGAGGGGAAUAUCAGACAGUUAAAUAAAACGAUUUUGUGGUUAGGUGGUUACAAAAGAAAUCUUCUCACACACCAUAUUUCAUUCAGAAUCAGCACUGGCUCCAUAUUCUGUCACUGUACGGUGGUGUUUCGUAAUGUAAAUCCGCAGUUACUGUAUUGUAUGCUCAGUCAUGACGAGCCUAGAGCAGCUACCAGAGGCACGGUUCCGCUUGAGGGAGACAGUCAAAGAAGUGAGAUGCCGCUUCUCUUCCAGGCAACAGAAAGACACUUUGUAAAGCCUUGCAUCAGUUGAACAAAGCCUUUUUGUUUUUUACCUUUUGGUUCCACACUUCUUCUGCUUUCUUUAGUUUAUUUUUUCAGGAAGUUUCUCCUCAUUCCAGCUGAGCAGAAGCGUUUGCUUUCGUUGUGUGCAAUCUGUGACAUCUUGCACUUGUUUAGGUUACCACCAUCUCAAGAAGCAUUAAGGCCCUCUGCGUGGCUCGCGCUACUCCGUCGUGAUUUUUCUGAUGGGUAAAGUCCUUUUGAGAUUGUUUUGGAAAUGUUCCUUUAUUUAAAAAAAAUUAACUGAUGGUUUACUUUUUCUUUAUGCACAGCCAAGGUCCUGCAUAGGCCAUAACUUUUCUUUCUUUAAGCAGUAAAAGCUACUUAAUGUCAAGCUAAUGGCACCAGCUACUACUUAUGAUGAACAAACUCUAUGUACAUAUAUAUAAAUUUAUAUAUGAAUAUAUAUAAAUGGGUCUUUGCACAAGUUAUCUCCAUGUCCGCUCCAUGUGAUUUUAACAGGAAAAACAAAAUGCGAAGGAAGAUUCAGAAAAAAAGACUUUAUAUAUGCUUUACAAUUCUUUGUCUCAUUAACAUUUUGCACUUAUUUAAAGAGGCUUACUUCUGUUUCUGGGCUGACAGAGCUGUUUUCACGCUCGGCCAAGAUAUUGUACAAUAUGUAUAUGUAUUUUUAUUCAUAUGCAUAUAAAUAUAUGUCUAUGUAA